ACGUGGCUCCGCUGUUUCCGGUCUCCUCGGGACCGGCCAUGCUGCGGCUGGUGCCGCUCGGCGCCGGGUGGCUGCUACCCGUGGGCCCCACCGCGCCCCGGGUCAACCAGGCCCGGGCAUGGCUGCUCGGGUACGGCGGGCUCCUGCCUUGGCGGGCGGCCGCGGGCUCGGCCGGGGGCGGCUGGCGCCCGGUUCUGAAGACACCCAAGGGCACCCGCGAUCACCCCCCGGCGCACACGGCGCUCCGUGACCGGCUGCUCGCCGCCGUGGUGACCUGCUUCAAGCGGCACGGCGCGGCCGCCAUCGACACCCCCGUGCUGGAGCUGCGGGAGACGCUGAUGGGGAAGUACGGGGAGGAGGCAAAGCUCAUCUAUGAGCUGCAGGACCAGGGAGGGGAGCUGCUGGCCCUGCGCUACGACCUGACUGUGCCCUUCGCUCGCUAUCUGGCGAUGAACAAGAUCACCAACAUGAAGCGCUACCAUAUCGCCAAGGUCUACAGGAGAGACAACCCAGCCACCACCCGGGGCCGCUACCGGGAGUUCUACCAGUGCGACUUUGACAUUGCCGGGCAGUUCGACCCCAUGAUUCCUGAUGCCGAGUGCCUGAAGAUUGUGCAUGAGAUCCUGAGUGACCUGCAGCUCGGGGACUUCCUCAUCAAGGUCAAUGACAGGAGGAUUUUGAAUGGGAUUUUUGCUGUCUGUGGCAUCCCAGAGAGCAAGUUCAUAACAACGUGUUGUACUGUGGACAAGCUGGACAAGGUGCCAUGGGAAGAAGUGAGGCGUGAGAUGGUGGGAGAGAAGGGGCUCUCCCCUGAGGCUGCGGAUCGCAUCGGGGAGUACGUUCAGCUUCAUGGUGGCCUGGAGCUGAUCGAGCGGCUGCUCCAGGACCCAAAGCUGUCCCAGAACAAGCUGGCCAAGGAGGGGCUGGGGGACAUGAAGCUGCUCUUUGAGUACCUGACCCUGUUUGGCAUCACAGGGAAGAUCUCGUUCGACCUGAGCCUGGCGCGGGGCCUGGACUAUUACACGGGGGUGAUCUUUGAGGCGGUGCUGCUGCAGCAGGAGAACGAGCACGUGGAGGAGCCUGUGAGCGUCGGGAGCGUGGCUGGAGGUGGCCGCUACGAUGGGCUGGUGGGGAUGUUCGAUCCCAAGGGACGGAGGGUGCCCUGCGUGGGGGUCAGCAUUGGGAUCGAGCGGAUCUUCUCCAUCCUGGAGCACAGAAUGAAGGCUUCUGGGGAGAAGGUUCGAACAACGGAGACACAAGUGCUGGUGGCUACACCUCACAAACACCUACUUGCUGCAAGACUGAAGCUCAUCUCCGAGCUGUGGGGUGCAGGGAUCAAGGCAGAGAUGCUGUACAAGAAGGAUCCUAAACUGCUGAAGCAGCUGCAGUAUUGUGAGGACACAGGAAUCCCCCUUGCUGCCAUUGUAGGGGAGCAGGAGCUGACAGAUGGAGUCGUCAAGCUGCGAGAUGUUGCAACAAGGGUGGAGGUUGAUAUCCCAAGAGAAAAGCUUGUUGAUGAGAUCAGAAGAAGGCUGGAGCCUUAGGACUCUUCAGGUCAGAGCUACUUGCCUGAGCUGCUGUACAGCUGGAACCCUCAGCACCCUUAGCACUUACUCCCUGCUGGUGACUGGUCAAUAUUUACCAUCCUAAGCCUC